AUGUCGCAACCCCUCACGUUUCUCGUCGCUUUCUCCGCCGUCGUUGGCACUUCCGAAGCCAUCCGACAGAUUCAGUCAGAUUCUAAGAGAAAGGAGCAUCGAAGUCGAAAGAAUAAUCUGAUAGUGCGGUGUCCCAAGUCGUCUCAAUAUAGCCCUAUAAUUGAAGGGAGGCGUGUAGUCCUAUCUGGUGACAAGCUAUACAUUGAUACAGGCACCGAAUAUGACCAGGCCUUCGGCCAUCCAUUUGCUGGAUAUUUCCUUCCAUACCCUGAUUCAAAGUACUCUGGUCUCGUCUCAACAAUCUGCGACGAGCCACCAAUCAUGAAUUGGAUAUAUAUCGAUCGAAAUACGUAUGAGAUCAAGUUCGGCACUCGUCCAUCGGCACAGCCCAAUUGGCCUGGGCCUUUCGAUUGCUCUCGACAGGACCGUAGGUUGACAUUUUCUGGAUGGGAAGGUUUCCUGGCCGUCAAGGAGGGCGAUUUUUGGGCAUUAUACUUUGACGUCGAUGAAGAUAAUCUAAAGUCAAAGGUAAAGAGUGAUACUCUAGUAUUAGAUAUAGAACUACUACGCGUAGAGAUGCGUGUUAAACCCUCUAAGGAGGAGAAACCGUCUGCUGGGGGCUCAGAGGAUACCGAAUCCAAGGAAAACCCUUCAGGGUCAGAUGCAAAGCAGUAUGAGCAAAGGAGUGAACAGAAGGGGGAAGUCGCUCAAGGGUUUGACCUGGAGUCGCCAGAUGUGGAUUGA